AUGACAAAAUUGAGUUCAGACAUAAAUUGGAAAUUAUCAAACGUUGUGCUAGAACAAUUAGAACGUAAACGUAUUUAUACUCUUGUACAAUUUGUAGAUGAAGCUUCUGAAAAAUUAGCAACUUUUACAGGGUUAAUUGAAAUUAAGCGAAAUAUUUUACAAAAAUACGGAGGUAGAGUAAAAAAUGCUUGCGAUUUACUUAAAGUAGAACAAAAUAAUAUAAUUCCCACGAAUUUGUCAAGUUUAGACAGCUUAUUAAAAGGUGGUUUACAUCCUGGUCAAAUAUAUGAAAUAUGUGGUAUAUCUUCAAGUGGAAAAACACAACUAUGUUUAACAAUUGCAGCUAACAUUGCACUUAAAUCCAAUAAUCUUGUACGAUAUAUUGAUACUAAAAGAGACUUUUCUGGUUCAAGAAUAGAACAAAUUUUAUUACAAAAAAAUUGCAAUAAGCAGGUUAUAGAUGAAGCUAUGGAACAUAUCAAAGUAUGUUCCAUACAUACUUUACAUCAACUGUUUAAAGUCUUACGUUGGUUAUCAGUUAAUUUAAAAGAAGAAAAAGAAGAUUGUCAUACAAGGGUCAUAAUUAUUGACUCUUUACCAGCAGUAAUUUUUAAAUAUUCUAAUGAUUCAAAAUCAACAACUGCAUUAAAUCAUUUGGCAAAUAUUUAUCAAUUUAUUGCAAAUGAAUUUCAUUUAUCAAUUAUUAAUGUUAAUUUAAUUACUCAGUGGAGUACUGAUAGUGAAAAAGGAUCAACUAGUACAUGUUUAAAUGAUGUAGUACCUACUUUAGGAAAAUAUUGGUCACAUGUUCCCAAUACAAGAUUGUUAUUAGAAAAAAUUGGAUUAGGAAACAGAAAACUUUCUAUUUGGAAAAGUUUUCAAACUUUUUAUAAAACUAUCAAGAAGUGUUCAAUUAAUGCCACCUGCAAUAUAUUAAAAUGA